AUGUCAGCUAAUUUAAUUUUAGAAAGUUUUCAACAUAAAGAAAAAUUCUAUACAAGAGAAAAUUAAAAUGGAAAAAAAAUUAAAUAUUUCAAUCCUUUGAAAAUAUUACUUAUAGGAAAAUCCGGUUGUGGAAAAAGUUAUAUUUUAAGAGAUUUAAUGACUAAGAUAGGUCAUGAAUUUGAAUUUGGUAUUGUAAUUUCGGGAACAGAAUUUGAUAAUAAACCUUUCUAUUCAUAAUUUAUUCCUAGAAUGUUCAUUUAUGGUUUAUAAGAUGUAUAAUAAGAAGGUUUUUUCGAUUAGAAAAUAUUUAACAUAUAAUAAAAACUAAUGGAUAAACACGGAUAUGAAGGAUUAGGGCAUGUGUUCAUAUUGAUGGAUGAUUGUGUUUCGAGUACAAAAUGGUUACAAAGAGAUGACGUAUCUAAAUUGUUAUUCGAAGGAAGACAUUAUAAGAUAACAUUAGUUAUUGCGAUAUAAUAUGAUAAAUUAAUGCCUCCAAAAUUAAGAAACAAUUUUGAUUUUAUAAUUCUCCCUAAUACACAAAAUGUUAAAUUUUUAAAAAGUAUAAAUGAUGAAUAUAUUAAUAUGGAUGAUAAUUUUACAAUUUGGUUACCGUGA